ACGCGCCACUACCCGGCAUCAAUCUGCGAAGUUGCGCCGUCGAAGAUGAAGAUUCCAGCGAUACUCGUGACGUCUCUCCUCGCCUGGGGGUUCGCCAGCGGUGGAGUCGUGGAUUCCAGCGCGGCGUCGUCCGCACAGGCGUCGGCGUCGGCGUCGUCGUCGUCGUCCUCAAUCGGGCAGUACGGCAAACAGUCGCACGGCAUCUGGGGCAAGGAGGAGAAAAAGUUCGAAGGACUCGACAAGAAAUCGCUCAACACGUUUCCCCUGAAGUACGGCGUCAAGAACGGUGGAUUGGACGUCGCCAAAGGCGCGGCUGUCAUCGAGUCGGCGAUAUCCGACGUGUCGACCCUCACCGAGCAGCGUUCGCUCCAGGAUCUCGGCCUAGGCGUCAUCGCGAACAGCGCUGAGAUCCUGGCGAGCUCGCAGGCUGCCGCGAGCGCCAGCGCUGGCGCGCAGGCCAACAGCCUCGAGGAGCAGGCGCUCGCGGCGAUAGAGCUCGCCAGCAAGGCCGAGUAUCUCGCGGCGAUCAUCACCACCAAGGCAGCGAAGGCCGCUGAAGCUACAGCGGUCGCGGUCGCUCGCGCCGAAGCCGCCGCCGCUGCUUCCAAGAUCUCCAGCGAGGAUUCGGCAGCCGAGGCGCGUAGUGCCGCCCUGGCCGAAGCCAAAGCCAACGCCGCUUCCAUCAUCGCCAACAAAGCGAAUAUCAAUCUGGCGCAGGCAGCCGCCGUGCUCGCCGCCACCGCUACCGCGGCCAAGGACUCGGCAUUCAAGUCACUGCAGGCCGCACGGGAAGUCGCUAAGGCUCAGGCAGAGAUCACCAAGGCUAGUGCCGUGGCUCUAGUCGCCAUUUCCAAGGCCAAGGCCGCCGUGGGCAGCGCGGCCACCGAUCAGGCCGUCUGCACGUCCCAGGCACAAGCCGCCAGCCAAAUUCAAUCGAGAGCCUCCGCGUCCGAAUCUGCGGCAUCGGCUCAAUCGGAAACCAACACUGCUGCGGCUAAUGCGGUCGCUAUCGCUGAUGCCGAGGCGGCCAGCCAAGCGCAAGCGUGGGUCGAGUCGUUCAAACGCGAUCCCUGGGUUCCUCUCAACUUGAAGGGGAAGGCUAACGCCGAGGCUAUUGCGAUUGGUAAGGGAUAUGGUAAAGGAUACGGUAGCAGGUCGAGCGCGGAUGCCAGCGCUAGCGCCGAGGCAAGCAGCAGCGUAUCCUUGGGAAAUGGAUAUCAUGGACAAAAAGAAAGCGUCAGCGAGGCUUCAGCAGCCUCAAGCAGCAGCGCUGCUGCAUAAAGGGCAUUUAACGCAGCGCAACAGCAAUCUCUUUGCUAAGAGAGAGUCGGACAACACGACUGACAACAACAUAGAAAUUUUGAUUCAUGCGAAUACCAUAGGUUAGCAGUACGAGCAUUACUGGCAGGAAUUGAAAAAAAAAA